AAGAACGGGUGGGCUGUCUGGGGGCGCUCGCUCGCUCGCUCACUCACUCUGCUCCUGCCAUCCCGCCGUUAACCGAGAGAAGCUCUAUGAGAGAGGAAAGCUGUAAACACAGCAGGGCGGCUGCGCCUUAACUAGGACAAUAAAGCGGUUUCCCCAUCAAUGCACUAACAAUGAACUUAGCCGAAAUGGUCGCGAUAAAGCUGCUUUGCCUGUUGUGCGCCUUGGAAUCCACUCAAGGUUACUAUGGCAACCCUUUGAACAAAUACAUUCGCCACUACGAAGGUCUGUCCUAUGACACAGACUUGGUGCACAACAACCACCAGAGAGCCAAACGAGCGCUCUCUCACGAGGACCGGUUCCUUCGUCUGGAGUUCCAUGCUCAUGGAAGGCAUUUUAACGUGAGGAUGAGGAGGGACACCAAGCUGUUCUCUGAUGAUUUUAAGCUGGAAGUGUCUGGAGAAGAAAUCAGCUAUGACACCUCACAUAUCUAUACAGGGGAACUCUAUGGCGAGCAGGGCAGCCUGACUCAUGGCUCUGUUGUCAAUGGCAAGUUUGAGGGGUUCAUUAAGACACAUCGUGGGACUUACUAUGUAGAGCCCGCUGAAAGAUAUUUGGAGGACAAAAAUGUGCCAUUCCACUCCGUCAUCUACCAUGAAGAUGACAUUAACUACCCUCAUAAGUAUGGACCUGAUGGUGGUUGCGCAGACCACACAGUCUUUGAGAGGAUGAAGAAAUAUCAGGCUUCUGCUGUAGAAGAACCAGCCAAGGAAAUAAAUGUAGUGUCAAAGAAGGAACCAUCAGACAACCAUGUGUUACAGAGAAAAAAGAGAAUGACUCAGGUGGAGAAAAACACCUGUCAGCUCUUCAUCCAGACAGACCACCUCUUCUUCAAAUAUUACAAGACCAGAGAGGCUGUCAUUGCUCAGAUCUCCAGCCACGUUAAGGCAAUUGAUGCAAUCUACCAGGGUACAGAUUUUCUAGGUAUCCGCAACAUUAGCUUCAUGGUGAAGAGGAUUAGGAUCAACACCACUAGCGACGAGAGGGACAGGUCCAACCCUUUCCGUUUUGCUAAUAUUGGUGUUGAGAAGUUUCUGGAGCUGAACUCCGAGCAGAACCAUGAUGAUUACUGCUUAGCUUAUGUCUUCACUGACAGAGACUUCGAUGAUGGCGUACUGGGACUGGCCUGGGUCGGCGCGCCUUCAGGGAGCUCUGGUGGUAUCUGUGAGAAGAGUAAGCUGUAUUCUGAUGGAAAGAGAAAAUCGCUGAACACUGGAAUUAUAACUGUUCAGAACUACGGUUCCCAUGUGCCCCCAAAAGUUUCACACAUCACCUUUGCCCAUGAAGUGGGGCACAACUUUGGCUCUCCGCAUGACUCAGGCCCUGAGUGCACUCCUGGAGAGUCAAAAAGCCAGGAUAAGAAGGAAAAAGGCAACUAUAUCAUGUACGCUAGAGCCACGUCAGGAGACAAGCUCAACAACAACAAGUUCUCAGUGUGCAGCAUUCGAAACAUCAGCCAGGUGCUGGAGAAAAAGAGAGGCAACUGCUUCGUGGAGUCUGGGCAGCCGAUCUGUGGUAACGGCCUGGUGGAGCCUGGAGAGGAGUGUGACUGUGGCUAUAGUGACCAGUGCAGAGACCAGUGCUGCUACGAUGCUAACCAACCAGACAACAAGAAGUGUAAACUCAAACCCAACAAAGUCUGCAGUCCCAGCCAGGGCCCAUGCUGCACUCCUGAAUGCACAUACAAGAGUCAUAAUGAGAAGUGUCGGGAGGAGUCGGAGUGUGCCCAUCCUGGCACGUGUAAUGGAGCCUCAGCCCAGUGCCCUACAUCAGAACCCAAAGCCAACUUCACUGCCUGCCAUGGAGAAACCCAAGUCUGCCUUAAUGGGGGAUGUUCUGGCUCUAUCUGUGAGAAAUAUGGGCUGGAGGUGUGCACCUGUGCUAGUGUUGAUGGGAAGGAUGAGACAGAACUGUGCCAUGUCUGCUGCAUGGAGAAAAUGAACCCGAGCACCUGCAGCAGUACAGGCUCUGAGCGCCUGGCCCGAUUCUUCAAUAAGAAGGUGACCACGCUGCAGGCUGGCUCUCCCUGCAAUGACUUCAAGGGUUACUGUGAUGUGUUCAUGAAGUGCAGGCUGGUGGAUGCUGAUGGGCCUCUGGCCAGAUUAAAGAAAGCCAUCUUCAAUCCUGAGCUCUAUGAGAACAUUGCUGAGUGGAUAGUGGCUCACUGGUGGGCAGUGUUGUUGAUGGGCAUUGCUUUGAUCAUGCUCAUGGCUGGAUUCAUCAAGAUUUGCAGUGUGCACACACCCAGUAGUAACCCCAAACUACCCCCUCCUAAACCUCUACCAGGCACUCUGAAGAGGAGGCGAGCCCAGCAUGCUAGCCAACAGCAGCAUCAUCAUCAACAUCACAACCAGAACCAGCACCCUCAUGCCCAUGGCCAUCAGAACCAGCGUCCAUCCCAGCGCCAGCCACAGCCCCAGCGCCACCACCGGCAGCCUAGAGAGAACUACCAGAUGGGCCAGAUGAGACGCUGAGACCACUGAAAAACCCAGCAAACCUAUACCACCACUAUCACUCCCCUCCCAGUGCCUGCCUACAGUGGGAUAACAGUCACUUAAGUUUUCACUACUUCACAGCCAGAUGUGGAGAAUUCUAGUUUUAACGCACCUGGAAAACGCAAAUUCUGUUCCAGUUUUCAAGAAUUCUGAAAUCCUUAACUAUGUGCAGUUGUAGAACUCCAGUUUGAUUUGAUCUGGAUUUGCUCCUUCUGGCUGUAGAACAAGGCUUUACUCCAAAGAAUCCAACUGGACCAGCACAUGGAAUCAUCACUACACUCCCAAUCUAGCAUUGCAUCAACCAGGACCAUUUUUAACAGCUGUAUGCCAGAGCUACAUGCUACAAAUAAACAGUGUACUACAAUAAGAUCUAGUCUUUUUAAAGCAGCCUUUGUCGGUAGUCAGUUGUACAACAGGAAUCGUUUACAAUAUUAUGUCCAGCAGUCCGUAGAGGAACCUGGACUAGUUCAUUAUGCUUCCGUUCACCCUACAGUCUUUUUACUGAGCCACUAGAUGAUAGGAAAUAGCUCUGCUCUGUUCAGAGGACUAAGUUCAAACUGCAUAGAUGUCUCCAGUUUCUGUACCGGAAAUCUCAGCAGGGAAGACAAAAUGAAAAACAUCUCCAACUUUCUCUUUUGCCCUUGGAAAAAAAGUCCUAUGAGCAGCAGACAAAAGUUUAAGCUUUCACUCAUGAAGUAGUCUUAUUUUUUCUUGUUUUCUUCUCUAUUUCAUACCCUUACUGUUGGCAUGUUGAAAGAGUGCCAAGGUUUCAAGGACCAGGCAUAGAAACAGCAUCAACGGUAUCAACUUUUUCCU